AUGAAACCCAACACCCGGUGGCUCUCUAUAGCAAUAGAGCAUGCUAGAGCCGAGGGGGCACAUCUCUAUGGCCGGCAGCAAGAUCUAAGCUCUGAGAGUCCCAGCGCACAUCAAGCCUUGGCCAAACGGAUAUGGUGGUGUUGUAUCAUCCGCGACCGUCUACUAUCUCUUGGUGUGCGGCGAAGGAUUCAAAUUGACCGUGAAAGUUUCGACUUCGGCUCGAACAGGCGCUUGAACCAUUCCGACCUGGCUGGUGAAGUAGAUGGAUCAGGAGUCUACUGCAAGAAAGCCAAGAUUUCAUUGAUACGAAUUCUACUGCGGAUCGUAGACCUCUGUGUCUCGCUGACGGACCUACUCAACCUCGCCCACCGCCUUGAGUUCUCCAGAAAUGGAGACAGCGAACAAUGGCUUCCCCAUCUACAACAAGUCAGGACAGUGAAGGAAGCCUUGAGAAUGUGGCACGAAGUGACAAAAUCCGAGUUUUCCUGCUCUCUUAAGCAACUAAGAAGCGCUAGCAAGUACGAUGAACAGCGCAAGGCCGUCGCAGUUCAACUUCAUGUGAUGUACAUGUAUUAUCACUCUGCGGGAAUAGCGCUAGCCCACUACGAGAUACUACUGACUACCAUGGUGAUUCCUACCGGCACGCCAUAUACCAUUCUCAGGCCUUCAUAUCUUUCUAAGCUAUUUUGCGAGCUCCAGGAUGCAUCUGAAGAUCUCUCUGACUGUCUUGACGGUCUAAUAAAAGAGGAUCUGAUACCAUUACUUCCCAUUAGCACAAUUGCAUUGAUAGUUUUCCCCCUUAUCCAUCAUAGUUUGGACCUCUACACCACACAUGACGACUCAUACACUGCCAAGGUAUUAAGGAAAAGCCGCCUUGAUGCCUUGACUGAAGCCAUGAACAAAUUCGAGCAGACAUAUGAUGGCGUCGAGUGGGUAAAGAGCAUCCUUAGACAAGUAAUCGAUCUUGGUGAGUCGCGCCUGAGCGAGGCCACCAGAGAUCGAGAAUGGAGAAGGAAUCUCUCAUCGUCGCCAGCCCCGUAUCUGCGCAUAGCAUUUACUAUCGAAUUCAGCCUCAGCCGAAGUUAUUUCUUUCAGGAAGCGGAUGCCCCAGCAUAUUUAAAGACCGUUUUCAAGGAUGCAAACCCCAUCAUGGGUCGCGCUGAACCGACAUUAAUGCUCCAGCCAAUUUUCGGCAUGCGCGAUACGGCGGAGGCUUUAGAUGAGGACUGGGAGAAGCUUUUGCAGCUACAAAGCGCAGCGGAGGGUCCUAUGCUUGGGUCGGAAUCUACCGCUACGAGUGUGGCCACUCCCAUGGACGAUUAUGGUGGCUUUUUUGACUUGACCGUGAGGGAAGAUACUCUUUGA